GAAUACUAACGAAUGAAUCGCUGUUUUAUAUUUUAAAAUGACACGGUGAACAAUAUUUACCAUUAUGAAUCAGUUCGGCUGAGAAUAAGUGAUUUAGUUUCAGCUUUUCAUAAAGUUUGACGAAAGAAAAAAGUCUGAAAGUCUAAAAUGAUGAUCUCCCGGAAGUGGGGCUGAACCUUCAGCUCGUUAUAAACAUGGCCGUGAAGUCCUUCAGCAGCAUCAGGUCCUGUUAGAGAGUUCUCUCAGCUUUAAUCUGCCUCUAGAGCGCUGUUAGACAUGGAGGAGUGCUGUCGGACGGCUCCGUGAAUGUUUUACCCCCGGACCAGUCGGAUCAAUCACAUAAAAGACUGACUCAACUUAUUAAAAGAUCCUUUUGGUUGUUUUUUUCCGCUGCGGAUCGACGCUGAGAGGACAUAAACAAUGUUUUCUGGUAAACCCAUGAAACCUACCUUCAAGUGUUACCUUCCUCCUGUCCAGACUGAUGUGAAGAAAACUAUUGAACCACCUAUUAAAAAGUUGGAGCCCAAGUUACUUCCAGGGGAGAUCGUAGUUAACGAGGUGAACUUUGUGAGGAAAUGCAUCAGCGCUGAGAGCAGCCAUGAUGAUCUGUGGGGGAAGCUGAUCUGCACCAACUUUAAGGUUUCCUUCAUCCCUCAGGAUGUUCCUUCUAAACAGAAGUCCCAGUUAUCUCACCUCCUGCUUGGAGAACACGACAUCCCUCUCACCUGUCUGGAGCAGGUAGUGACAGUAAAUGACACAAAGGGGAAGAAGAAAGUGCUGGGGUCAAACCAGAAGCUGAAGUUCAACCCGACGGAGCUCAUCCUCUACUGCAAAGACCUGCGCAUCAUCAGGUUCUGCUUUCAUGAAGCUGGGCCCGAGAGCGCCAAGAAGGUUUGUCUUGCUAUCGCCCAUUAUUCCCAUCCAGCUGAUCUGCAACUGCUGUUCGGCUUUGAGUAUCAGGGGAGGAGAUACCAUGAAUCUAAAGGCGAGCGGGUCAAUGGUUCCAGCCCUCGAGGAGGAUUCAGGACGCCCAUUUUUGACCGUUCAUCAGACUGGGACCGGGAGAUCAAGAGGACGGGAGCGUCGGAGUGGAGAGUGUGCACCAUCAACGACGAUCACAACGUCUCACAAAGUCUUCCAGAGUACAUUGUGGUCCCAGUUUCUCUGGCAGAUCAGGAUCUAAAGAAGUACUCCAUAUACUUCACUGAUCACCGCAUCCCUCUCUGGUGCUGGAAUCACCAGAAUGGGAGUGCUCUGGUCCGCAUGGCCAGCAUCUCUGAUCCAGUGCAGCAGAAGAAGAUCGAUCAAAGAGUCUUCACUGCCAUCACUAAAAGCCACCCGCAGCGUAGUGAAGUGGUCCGCUCGGAUCUGGACAAGUGUCUGCCCAACAUCCAGGACAUCCAGAGCGCCUUUGUUAAGAUCAGGCAGAUCUGCGUCAUAGAUCCUUUUGAGGAGUCAGAGGAACGGUGGCUCACAUCUAUUGAAAACUCUCGAUGGCUGGAGUACGUCAGGGCUUUUCUGAAACAUUCAGCGGAGAUUGUUUUCCACCUGGAUGGAAAGAACUCUUCAGUCAUUCUUCAAGAGGAGGAAGACAGAGACCUGAACUGUGUGGUGUCCUCCUUGGUGCAGCUCAUGUUGGACCCUCAUUAUCGAAGCCUUCUUGGCUUUCAGAGUUUGGUGCAGAAGGAGUGGGUGAUGGCUGGCCAUCGCUUCUUGGACAGAUGCAACCACUUAAAGAAGAAUGAGAAAGAGGAGUCCCCGCUGUUCAUGCUGUUCCUGGACUGCGUGUGGCAGAUGAUGAACCAGUACCCGGCAGCAUUCGAGUUCACAGAGACCUACCUGACCGUUCUGAGUGACAGCAUGUGGAUCCCUCUCUUCAGUACUUUUCUCUUUAAUUCUCCCAAACAGCGAGCUCAGCACUUGAAGGACUUUGCCAAGAACAAAGCCAUCCCUCAGAGUGAGGACCAGGCGGUGUAUUUCCCUCCUGUGUGGGACUGGUCACAGCAGUUCUCCACUAAAGACCAAACCCUCUUUAACAACCCCAUGUAUGUAGGAAAAGGCGCCGCCUGCGUUCAGAAUGGGGAAGUGAAAACCUUCAGACGCACAAAGCAGAAGACCUACAGCUCCACGCUGAGAGGAAUGUCUGUCUCCGUCCGUAACGGGACGAGGAGCGGGGAGGAGACGCUGACCCGGCGGGGCUCUCUGGUGUCGGAGCUGAAGCCAGACUUCUCCCCGGUGAAGGUGGAGACCCCGUCGGAGCGUUUCUUCAGAGACUGGUUCUCUCGGCCCGUGGACCAGCAGGGCCUCCUGAUCCCCCUGCUGCUGCCCUCCCACGUGGCCCUCUGGAAGCUCUACUUCCUGCGCUGGGUCCCUGAAGCCUGCAUCCCCCGAGGAGGCCCCAGCACCUCCUACCACAAGCUCUCCCUGCUGGUGGAUGAGAUAGAGACCCUGCAGAGCCACCUCCGGCAGUAUAAGGGCCCCAGUCCAGGCAGCACGCCCCUCCCCAGCCCCGGCGGGCCCCUCUCAGACCACAGGAGGAUGUAUUUUAAGGCCAGCUCCCGCCACAACCCCCCUACUCCUCCAGACUUCCUCACCUCCUCCUUUCCUUUCACCCCGGUGGGGAACCUGUGUCGCCGCAGUAUCCACGGGACCCCCAUUAGCAAGUUUCUGAACGGGGCCCGGAUCUGGCUCUCCACAGAGACUCUUAACGACACCGUGUGAGGACUCUGUUCUCAGCUCGGUGCAGGUUUGUGUCACAAUUAAUCAUUUUUUAUUUUCUUUUACCUCUUUCAUAAAUACCAAGAAGGAAGAUGAGAAAAAUUAACUUUGGACUUGUGAUUUUUUUUCAUUAUUUAUAAGCUAGAAUUUGCACCGUUGAUGCUGCACAUGAAAUCUGAGCUCAUUUCUAAACUGAAGCGUCUAAACUGAAUCAUUAUUGUCCAUUACAGCCGAGGACUUCACAUAAACUAAAGCACAUCCUCCUGAUUGUUACUGUGAAAGAUCAUACUUCAUGACUUUUGUAAUAGAUAUAUUAAUAGAUAUAUUUUCUUGUCUACUUCAGUGUAGGUCUUUCUUAAAAUUCAGCCAAGAUAACUCUAGCUCUUUAUUCAGAGCUUUUUUUAAAAAAAAUUUUACUUUUUGACUUCCUCUCCUGUGAUUCUCUGCACAUUUUAAAGCAAUAAUAGAAAUUAAACUAUAUAUAUGUGUGUAGCCUUCAGUGCCAAGAGUUUAGUUAGUUGAAUUCUCAUUGGUCAGUAAUGGAAAAGAUAAAAAAAGUAAUGCUUGAAAUUAGAAAAAGCCCAUUUUUACUGCAGCAGCAAUGAUGCAUUUCACUCAACACUGAUGUCCAAGUUCCAUUUAUUUGUACCUUCCAAGAAACGUAAUUGACAAUAUAUUAUUUUACCUGGUUUUAUUUUAGAAAGAGGAACAGAAAAUAACACUGCUAACAACUAUUUUACUAUGUGGUAAAAGCAAAGAGGAUCUGGUCUGGUUGAAUGUAAAGGAGGCGUUUCUUUUUUCUUUUUUUUUCUUUGCACAAACUUAAUGCUAUUUGCUCCAAGUGCCCAUAUUUUAAUGGUUGUGUUGGAGUUUCACUGUUAGCAGCAAAUAGUGUGAUUUCAGGGUCUAACUUUGUAGAUUUUACUCUAUUUUUGAAGCAGAAAAAGGGUUUUUUGGUAUCAUAAAGCAGGUGAUACUUAGAGGGCGAGGUGGAGCUGUGAGGACUUUAACCUGUGGUAGAAACUUCCUCUUCUCUUUCUGAAGAGGUUUUAUUAAAGUUUUCUAGAGGCCUUCUGGUAAGGCGCUGAGGAGAAACUAUUAAUAGAAGCUGAGAGGGUGAAUAUUAGAAAGCAAAGGGACAAACGAGGGCUUCGACUCAAACCAGUCUCUAGUUCGCUUCUAGUAAAGUUACUGACCCAAUAAA